GUUUAUUGUACAUGACCAGACAACAGAGACAAUAUCGAUGCUUGUUGAUGCAAUUGUGCCUGAGGGCUUGGAGGAACAAGAAAUUGAAUCAGACGAAGAGGAGGACAAGGAGGAGGAGGAGGAGGAGGAGGAAGAUGAAGAAAUGAGUGAGGAGGAAGAUGAAAAAAAGGAAGAGGAUGGUAAAGGAGAAGAUGAAGGUGAUCCCCUGGAUGAGAUAGAUAUAGGUGAUGAUGAGGAAGACAUGGAUGAUGAUCAAGAUGAUGUAAGUGAUGAAGAAGAAUCAGCAGCUGCUAAGGACAUGACUGCUAAGCUGCGCUUAGAACUGGCACUUGCACAAGGAGAACAUGAGGAUAUUGAUUUAGAUGAAGCUCCAGAGGAAGAACUGGAAAAGCUGGACAUAGCAAUGUCCGCAAUUUUUGCAAAGUACCGCGGACCUAAGAAAGGAAAGAAGGAACCAAAGAAGAAACUGAAAGAUAUACAUUUGGAGUGUCGAGCCUAUGACAUACUGGAGGUGUACAUUGAGCAGCACCCAAGCAUGGGGUUCACUCUUGGCUUGGUACGGCCUCUCUUGGUCACUUUGAAUUCUCUAGCCACCACGAGUGAAAAGGGCGAGAAGAAGAAUGACACCAGGAUCAUGAGGUUAAGGAAACUGCUUGAUAUGUUGGGAGAAAUUCAGAGUUUUGAAAAAGUAGAUAUGAAUAUUUUAGAAAUGUCUGAAGAACUUGAAACCUUUGUGACCAGCACCAUUGAUUAUAAGUUUGCUCUAAGCAGAUAUAUAGCAGAUUGCCACACCCUGAUGAUAAGGUGCUGCUUACAGAUAUUGGGUGAAGCUGCACACCGGAGCAACCCAAUCAUAGAUUUAUUUUCAGAGCAUUUAUUCUUCAUGCUAAACAAGAAAGAAACAGAAAAGAAAAUCCUUAUGUAUGCUGGAGCCUGCUCACUUGACUGGGGUGCCCUUUGGAAACUGGUGAAAGAUAUGGUGGACUUUGCAUUUGAGAAAAAUAACAAAUACUUUGGGAGGACAAAUGCUCUGACUGUCCUCUCACUUCUGUUCAAAAAUAAAGCUCUCUUCAGUCGAACCACUACUGUUGAAGUGAAGCAGCUCGGAGAAGCAGUGUCUCAGAUUCUUCUUGGAAUUCUCAAAAGGUUCAACCUUAAACAGCAAGCACGUUUUGUGUCUCGUCUAUUUGAAUUUAUGAUUGUCCUGAGAGAGAAUCAUAGGGAUCCGGACACUUCAGGAAUUAGAUGGGAGGAGAUCCUGGUUGCAGUAAGAAAUCUUGAUAAGGAAAUUCCAACAGCAAGUCGAUCACCAUUGAGGGUCUAUUACAAAGAAUUGGUCAGGGCACUGCAUAGAGAUCCUACUCAGCAGGCUGCAGACUCAGAAGGUAAAAAGAGGAAGUAUGAAGAGGAGGAAGAACGCAGGACCCAAAACAAGAAGAGAAAAGAGCUGGCAAGGAAGAAGCAACAGGCAAAAAAGAAGAAGGCAAAAGAGUUAGCAGCUCAAAAGGGACCAAAGAAAUUCCUCGGCAAGAAGGGUAAAGUGAAGAGAAAACGAGCAAGUCAGAAAAAAAGGGCAAGGAGAUCAGAGGCGUAAUCAUCUCUGAAAAUAGUGCUUUGUUGUUUCUUUGUAAAAUAUAUGUUGUAUUAGAACAUAAGCUAUAUGUAUGAAUAAAAUGAAUAAUUAUUGUUAACAAUUA